UUGAACAUCCUAAACAAACCCUAAUCUCAAAUUUGACGAAGAUUACCUGACGCGAUCGAUCAUUCAACAGGUGACGGUUAUUGCUUAAUCUUCUUCUGGUUUCGUACGUAUAUCAAUCAAUCUAUCUCUAUGUAUCUCAAUCAAUCCAUCGGUGUUAUGUUGCUAUUCUUCCCACUCCCACGGAUUAUGGGAUCAUCUGAUUAUUACGAUUCAAGAUGGUGGCCGCAUAGAUAGUUUUAGGGUUUCGAAUUUUGCUUUUCUUGUGUCGAUACAUCGUUACGGUCCGUAUAAUGGUCCGGUUGUUAGGAACGUAUGGAUUGUUUCUGCACUUUUGGGCCUCGAAUAAUGGUUAUCUUCUUCUUCUUCUCCGAAUGAUUACUAAUCACCGGCGUUUGUUUUAUUAUUUAUUUAGUAUGGCAGUAACAGCAGCUAGACGAUUAUCCACGAAGCCAAACACCCCGGUUUUCAAGAGAACAAACCAACAAAAUAAUAAUAUUGCAACAAGAUAUCAUCAUCCCAACUCUGCUGCUGUCUGCAAGUAUUGGUUGCAAGGAAGAUGCACUAGAAAUCCCUGCAGAUUUUUGCACCCGAAUCAACAUGAUUAUGUUUGGAAAAACCCCAACAGUUCGCCACCUAAGCGCAAAGUUAUAAACAACAAAGAGAACUGUGACUUCAAUCGGACAGAACAAAAGGCGAUCGCAAGUAAAAACAUAAACCACAAAGAGAACUGUGACUACAAUCGGACUGCCCCGAAGACAGAACAAAAGGCGAUCUGUGACUACGAUCGGACUGGCCCGAAGACAGAACAAAAGGCGAUCGCAAGUAAAAACGACACGACGGAAGAAAAUGGUGUCAAAGUUGAAAGUGUUAAGUGCCACAAUUUGCAUUCAUGGUUCGGCGAUAAGGGGCUCUCGGUGCUUGCCCGGUUAGAAGGCCACUCGAAGGAUGUAACUGGGAUUGUCUUCCCAUCUGGAUCCAGUAAUCUUUACUGCGGUAGCAAGGACAAAUCUCUUCGAGUUUGGGAUUGUAAUAGUGGACAGUGUGUGGAUGUAAUCAACUUUGACGAAGAGUGUGGGACUUUGGUUGAAGAAGGUCCAUGGAUCUUUGCCGGGCUUCGUGAUAUGAUCAAGGCUUGGAAUCGUGAAACGCAAAAUGCUGUAGUCAUUCGAGCAAGCGGGGGAAUGGUUAACGCAAUUACUAUGUUUGAAGACGUUCUUUUCGCUGGGACGGAGGAUGGAACCGUUUUAUCAUGGAAAUCUACUUCUAAAAGCAGUUUUUCCGACGAAUCAACAUCUUUGAAGGGCCACACAGGAUCUGUACUUUCACUCAUCAUAGGAGCUAAAAAGCUCUUUUCGGGUUCCGCUGACUGCACUAUCCGAGUAUGGGAUGUCGAGUCCCUAGAGUGCAAACACGUUCUAAAUGGACAUAGUGGCGAUGUGACAAGUGUUAUAUGCUGGGAUCAGUAUUUGUUUUCUGGUUCGUUGGAUAAAACAAUCAAGGUUUGGGGUGCCACUGCAAGCGGCAACAUUGAGGAAGUUUAUCGACAUGACGCUGAUGAUGGUGUUCUUGCAUUUUGUGGGAUGCAUGAUUCAGAAGAAAAGCCAAUAUUGCUAUGUUCAUGCAAAGACGAUGGUGUUUGCAUAUACGAUUUGCCAUCGUUUGGUGUAAGGGGUAGAAUAUAUUCGAGACACGAUGUCAAAGCGAUCCAAGUUGGUUCCGAGGGCCUACUCUUUACAGGCGACGCAGCAGGAUUAGUCUCGGUAUGGAAACCGAAUGGAGAAUCGGUUAGCAAAUCGCAAUGAUGGCAAAUGAGAACGAGUUUUAAAUAAGUUACGAAUUUUUGAUAUUACGCGAAACAUGUACACUCCCCUUUGAGGAAGUAAAUUGUUGAUUGACAAUUUGUUGAAUGAAUGCAAUUUAGAUUUGAGUA